CCACUCGGCUGUGGGGCUUCAAAUGCAGCCGUUGUGCCUAACACGCGCUCACGCAAACUGGGAGCGGCAACCAACAGAGUGCGCCUCGAUGGAGUAUCAGUCCCUGUCAAGGAGAGCUCCGCUCUUCCGCCGCCUGACUUCCAAAAAGAACCUCCCACUGCUGGCCGUAUGUAUUUAUACAUCUUGGGGAUGUGAGAUGCGAGGCUUACUGCGGCAAGCGACCCUCUCUCUCUCUUCGUUACGAUGCUGAGUGCAUAAGCUGCAAAGGAAUAAAAGAAAAGGACCUCUCUUGCAUCAGUAUUUACCAGGGCCAGCUCUGGCGCAAGCAAUGCCUCUUCUUGAAGAAAACUCGCUGGCCAGGGACCUUCCACUGACUAUACCUGUUAUAAUUAUAGGCAAUGGCCCAUCUGGAAUAUGUUUAUCAUACCUGUUGUCUGGCUAUCGACCAUAUUUAAAUGACUGUGCAGUGCAUCCCAACUCCAUUCUGCUAAGUAAAUUGAAGGAACUGAAACAUCUUUCCAUUGCUGAUCAGGAUUUAGAAUACCUCAGCGAAGGCUUAGAAGGGAGAUCAUCUAACCCUGUGGCUGUGUUGUUUGAUACUUUGCUACACCCAAAUGCUGAUCUUGGCUACGAGUAUCCUUCUGUCAUUCAGUGGAGAAUGGAGACUCAACAUCACAUCCCACAUAUAGUGCUGGGAAAAGGAAGCCCUGGAGGAGCCUGGCAUGCCAUGGAGGGGUCAAUGCUAACAAUAAGCCUGGGUCUCUGGAUGGAACUCCCUGGCGUCAACUAUAGAGAUCUGUCAACGAAUAAACGAAGAAAUACAACAAAUGACAGAGCAACAUCAGAUGAAAUCGCAUCCUACUAUAAGAAUUAUGUAAAGCUGAUGGGGCUUCAAAAUAACUUUGUAGACAAUACAUAUGUGACAUCCGUCAUGAAACUUCAUCGGAACAAGAAAGAAACGGACAACUGUGAAGUGAGAACAGAAAUGACCAACAGCAACCAAGAACUGCCAGAGAAAGAAUGUGGUUCCUCUGCGUUGCCUCAGAGCAUUUGGGAAGUGAGAGGUUAUCAGAGAGUUUGCAAUGGUUCUCAUGUGCCUUUCUGUCUGUUUGCCGAGAAUGUGGUCCUUGCGACUGGUGCAUCUGAUUCUCCAGUCAAGUUGAAUGUGGAAGGGGAAGACUUGCCUUACGUAUUCCACUGCAUUUCAGAUUUAGGAAUGGCCAUAAGCAAGCAAAACCUGAAUCAGUCGUCUGACCCAGUGUUAAUUGUUGGGGCAGGACUUAGUGCUGCCGAUGCCAUUUUGUGCACUUACAACAACAACAUUUCCAUUAUUCAUGUCUUUCGCAAGCGGGUUGGUGACCCCAGCCUAAUCUUCAAGCAGCUUCCAAAAACGCUCUAUCCAGAGUACCACAAGACCUACCAUAUGAUGUGCACACAGUCCUAUUCUGCUGCGUCUGGCUUAUAUCCCGACUACACAAGCUUCCCAGAACACUGUGUGGUCUCAUUUAAACCAGACAAGAACUGCAUCCUAGAAAGUGGCAACAGCUUGAAGGUUUUUAAGAUCUCAAUAGCCUUGGUGCUAAUUGGCACCCACCCUAACCUGUUUUUCUUGAAAAAUCAAGGGCAGUACUUGGGCCUUAAUCCCAAAAAACCUAUCUCAUGUAGGCAAAACCCUAUAGAUAUCCACCCCUAUACCUUUGAGUGUACAAAAGAAGAUAAUCUUUUUGCUAUGGGGCCACUCAUUGGAGAUAAUUUUGUACGGUUCCUCAAAGGAGGCGCGCUGGGCAUCGCCAGCUGCUUGGCAAAGAGGCACAAAAAGAAAGGGAAACUAAUUGUUAAUGAAGGCGGAGCAGAAAGCCCUGGGUCCAAGUGAGGCAUGCUGAGAGCUCUGGGAAAACUGCAAAAGCACAUAACUACAGAACGUUACGACCAAGAGUCAGCGGUCACACUUGCACUACCGGAGUCUGUUCUCAUUUUUAUCUGCUAGCAUUUAAAUAUGCAGCUUUUUUAAAAUGGCUGGAAACAUAAAGGUUCUUUACACUAAACAAUUUUAACAUCUUAUAUUAUGUGGAAACUGCAGUUAAAAAAUGAAUAUACUAGACCUGAUAUAAACAAGUGCUAAAUUUUAGUUUUGUACCUCGGUUUUAACACUUGAAAAUAUAUUCAGAAUUUUACGAAACUAAUUUACAGUUUCAUACUAAGCAAAAGUACCACAUCACAGUGUCCCAGAAUACCAAAGGAUCCUAAUGGAGACCUUGGCUAUAAAAUACAGUUUGGUGUCCUCAGCGCUGAAUGAAACUUACUACAGGACAUCUCCCCUGAUGGCAGGUUGUGUUGUAAACUGUGUGCUUAGAUUUUUCAGGUAAGGAGGUCAGACAUUUUGAGGUAAGCUAGUUCUACUUACUAAUCAUGGUGCUGGUGGAUGAUAUGUUGCAUGAUGAAUAGCACAUGCAAUUAAGAGUUUCACUGUACUCGUACAUGUGAUGGUAAUGACUCUAUAUACCCAUAAGCCUCUUCGUCACCUGAGAUCAAGUCUUAACCAAUCUGUGAAAAAGCCUUCUCUGCAUGACAUGCCGCUGGUAAGUCCUCUGAUGGCGCCUGUGCGGUCUUGGCUCCUCUUUGUGCACUGCAGGCGUUACUGAUGCUAGUUGAGGUCGGGAAAGCUACACUUUAACUAGGUGAUGUUUGAAAUAACGAGGCACAGUCAAAGAAAAAUCAACAUCACAUAUUUUCAUUAUACGGAAUUAACCUGUCCAUUUAUUGCAUGAUGCCCUCUGUAGUCUUCUGCUGGACUCUAUCAGUAUGCUAAUGUCAACCUCAUUUUAGUUGUAUGUUUAGUCUUUAUGUUUUAUGAUUUUUACACUUUAUAUUAGUGGAACUUACUGCAUUGUGUUAGUUUUGUUCCUGCUUUUUUGUAAAUCUUGUCCCAUUAGGACAUGUUCUUCCAA